CAUUUGUGGCUGUGCGUGUCUGCGCGCCCGCUAACUCGUGUCACACAGUUGUGUGUGGAUCCAGCCGUUCCCAGCGCCGGCGGGGCUCGCGUGUCCUAGCGUGGCCGGUGCCCGCCGAGGUCCCGGGGAAGGCAUGAGUGAGCAGCGUCUGUUACCGAACACGUAUAUGCUGCAUGUAUAGGCGCACAUGUGCUUGCUGCGCAUGCAGCGCAGCUAUGGGGCUGCAGGCUUUUCCUGACGGUGGUGGGCAUUCGGCCUCGGGGGGAUGGAGUGCAGAAGGGCCGACACAAGUCAUGCCCCUAACAAAGCAUUGGUGGAAGAGUAGAAGAUCUGUGGGAUACAGCAGAUCUGGUACCGUGAAGCCACUUCAGCAGGUCAGGGACAGCGUUUGCUGAAGGAUGUGGUAGACCAGGCGCCAGAGCUCACCGGCACAAGGUCGAUUCGAUGGCUUGCAUGGAGCUUCUCUACCUGGCCGAGGAGAGCAGGCAGGCAGCCCUGGGCACUGCUGCUGACUGGAGCCUGCCCUCCCCUCCCCAUGGGCAGCAGCGGCGUGAGGGGAGCGAGGUGGAUCUCAGAGCAGCUGCGGCCGUGUCAGCUCUGCGCAGUGAAAGGCGUUGCAAGUCCUUGCAAAGGGACUCUGUGACUGAGCUUCCCCAGGCACCCCAGCCCUCCCCUCUGGGCACCUCCCUCCAGGAGCACCGUACACCCUCUGGCAAUUCCCAGCCUUGCCACCCACCUGAGCACUUGUCCGAGGCUGAGGACAGAGGAAAGAAGAAAGCCUGCUGCUGUGCCCAGGAACUUGAGACAUCAUUCACCUAUGUGGAUGAAAAUGUAAACCUGGAGCAUUCAAGAAGUGGCCCCACUCCUGCGGGUGGCCACUGCCAGGAUGUGCCUCAGCAGCAGCGUUCCUGCAGGGAGCUGCCACCCGAGUGGGUGCAUGGUUCACCUUCCCUGGUCUCUGAGGAGGAUGAUUCUGCCUCGGAAGUGGUGGCUGGGAAAUCUGUGGACUAUGGGUUCAUUAGUGCCAUUUUGUUCCUUGUUUGUGGCAUUUUGCUGGUGAUCAUUUCCUAUGUGGUACCCAGAGACGUGACUGUAGAUCCCAACACUGUGGCUGCUCGUGAGAUGGAGAGGCUGGAGAAUGAGAGUGCCAGAAUUGGGGCUCACUUGGACCGCUGUGUUAUUGCUGGUCUGUGUCUCUUAACCCUGGGGGGAGUGGUGCUCUCCAGCCUGCUGAUGAUGUCCAUGUGGAAGGGGGAGCUGUACCGGAGGAGCAGGUUUGCCUCAUCCAAAGAGUCUGCAAAGCUCUAUGGGUCUUUCAAUUUCAGAAUGAAGUCUGGAGCAAAUGAGAAUAUGCUCGAGCUGUCGUUAGUUGAGGAAGAUGUGCUCGCCAUAGAUAAUUAGUGUAGUCAUGAGUUUUAAGGCAGCAUUUCCACAGGAAAAUACCUUCCAUUAAAGAAAACAGAUGUGGCUGAAGAUAGGUGGUUUAUUUGUCUGACAAUAAUGGGUUUUUUUAUUCUUAAGCUCUAUAAUGGAAUAUUUGCAGUAUAUGAGCACUUGUUGUAAAAGGAAAACACGCCAGAGAAAAUGCCACUGAUACAAAAUGAUGAAAACCACUGAAUAAAACCAGAUUUGUGAUAA